AUUAACAUCUGAUUUUCAUUGCAACCAAAGAAGUAGAAUUGAACUUAAUAGGCACUUUUGAUUGUAUUCCAAAAUAGAAGGCGAGAAAAUGGGCCUUUUGUCAGAUCCUUCACUAACGCCUCGUAAUAAAUUUGCAAAAAUUUUAAAUAAACAUCAUUCCAAGGUCUGCUGGUUGCUAUACAUCGCCAGUAUAGUGUGGUUUGGUUGCUUGGGCCACAAAGAUUUUAACCAUGGGACAUAUCUCUCGGAGAAUGCUCUUUCGCCUGGUCUGGUUUACCCAGAAAUCAAACAGGAUUCCAGCCGUUGGGCCCAACAACUAAUAGAAGAAUUGGGCAGAGAAAGGGAUAAUCAUCGAGCGACAACACCCCAUGCCUGGAUUUUGGCUAAAAUGAGACAAAUAGGCCUGGAGACGUAUGUUCAUAACUAUACUUUGCGAUAUCCAUUUGCCGGUGGAAAAGAGUUCCAAGGGAAAAACGUAUAUGGUAUCCUAAGAGCGCCUCGCACUAGUUCGACAGAAGGCUUGGUUUUUUCAGCACCGUACAGAUCCCAGGCAUCGCCGCAUACCGAUAUAAUUGCCAGUGUUCCGGUAUUGCUAGCUUUCGCUGAUUUUGCAAGAAAGAAAAACUAUUGGGCCAAGGAUAUAAUUUUUUUGGUCACUGAACAAGAACAAUUGGGAAUGCAUGCCUUUAUUGAAGCUUACUUCAAUACAGAAAUGGAUAAGACCAGUAGCCAGCAAGCUUAUCUAGACUAUGGUUACCUGCCUGCUCGAGCCGGUUCUCUUCAGGCCGCUUUAAACAUAGAAGUGCAAGACUUGGAUAUAGACUACGUGGAUGUCAAAAUCGAAGGUCUUAACGGCCAGCUGCCCAAUUUGGACAUGUUUAAUUUGGUUCAAAGAAUUACAUCGAGAGAAGGAAUUAUAUCUGGCUACAAGCAAACACCUCAGAAAAAACGCCGCCAGCAUAACUUUUCUCUAGAGAGCAAUAUUAAAAAUCUGCUAGCCAUGAUAUUCAGUCAAUCUACUGGUGUUCCCAAUGGAAAUCAUGGAUUUUUUCACCGCCAUCGCAUUGAAGCUUUAACAUUGGAGGCAUUUAAACGUCAAACUUCUGGCAAUAAUCGCUAUAAUGGUGGACUCCCUUUGUUGAAGACUAUCGAAGGCAUAUCGCGUAGUCUUAAUAAUCUGUUGGAAAGAUUUCAUCAAAGCUACUUUUUCUACAUAUUGGUACAAAACGACAGAUUCGUAUCCAUUGGUGAUUACAUGCCAUGUUUGGCCCUUUUGGUGGUGCCUCUAUUUAUAAAAUCAUUUCUGCUCUGGCUAAUAGCUAGUGGUGAUCUCAAAGAGGAUGAUUCGGAACAGCCAGAGAAGAAGGAAACUGAUACUGAGGAUUUGAAAAUUGCGCCAGCUGUACUUUACAUUCUGUAUGCAUGUCUAGUUGGAUAUUUAUGCCAGCAUAUGUUAGCUCUGGAAUUUAUAGUGAACUUCCUAGCCCAGUAUGGUUUUAGUACGGCACAGAGCAUUUUCGUUUCUAUGCUGCUAUGGAAUUUGAUAGCCUUUGCCCUGCCAGUUGUUUUUAGGCCACCAGCAAAGGCGCUGAAUUGGCUAUACUUGGGAUCUUUGGUAGGGCUGGGCACAACACUGGUUGUUGUGGGCCUUUUAAAUUUUUCGCUGGCAUUUUUAAUAGCAAUUGUCACCGUGCCCUUGGCCCUGGGAGCCAAACCAAGCAUGAAUUUGGGAUUUCGAAAAACCCUUCUGACACUUUACUGCAUUCUGCUAAACCCGCUUGUCUUUAUUUAUGGUUUAGUAUGCACUCUCACCAUAUUCCAGUUCCCCGAAUUAACCAUCAAAGAAAUUGCAUUCCGAGCCCUGACAGCUGUUAUGGAAUCUAUAACCUUUUCAUUGACAGAUAAUUUGAUCUACAACAACUGGCUGUGCACCAUAGUGACGGCAGGUCUACUUCCCUUGUGGUGCUGCCUUUGGACCGUGGUCAUCACCAAAGGCAUGAAAAGAACAAAAUUUAAUCUAGAUGCUGCCAAGAAAGACCAAUAGAUAAAUAUUUUUGCUCUAGCCACCAAUCACCCAUAGAAAUUAACCAGAUAUAGUAAAGUAUUGUUUUUUUUUUUUUUUUUUUUUUUUAAUAAUAUAUUUGUAGCAUAUAUUUUAGUUUUAUAAUACAUUUUUAAAGAGUAAAAAAAUUAAUGUACAACA